GUCCUUUACGAAUGGCUAACCAAAACAACAUCGAGGUUGUGUGCGUGACCGGAGCCAACGGUUUCAUCGGGUCAUGGCUGGUUCGAACGCUAUUGGAGAAGGAGAAUCCACACUACACCAUCCACGCCACCAUCUUCCCCGGUUCUGACGCUUCCCACCUCUUCACCCUCCACCCCGACGCAACCAACCGCAUCACCCUCUUCCCCGCCGACAUCCUCGACCCCGCCGCCGUUUCCCGCGCCGUCGCCGGCAGCUCCGGUGUCUUUCACGUGGCAUCCCCCUGCACUCUCGAGGACCCCGCCGACCCACACAAGGAGCUUGUGGAGCCCGCGGUGGAGGGCACUCGGAACGUUCUAGAAGCCGCGAAGCGCGUGGUGCUCACCUCUUCCAUCUCCGCCAUGGUGCCCAACCCUAAUUGGCCGGCGAAUAGGGUGGUGGACGAGUCGUCGUGGACGGACGUGGAGUUCUGCAAGGAGAUGGGGAAGUGGUACCCGGUGGCGAAGACGGAGGCGGAGAGGGCGGCUUGGGGGUUUGACGGCGUGGACGUGGUGGCAAUUCAGCCGGCGACGUGUUUGGGGGCGCUGCUGCAGGCGUCGCUGAAUGCUAGUUCGGCGGUGUUGCAGAGGUUGAUGAUGGGGUCGAGAGAGACGCAGGAGUAUCAUUGGUUGGGUGCGGCGCAUGUUAAGGACGUUGCAAAAGCUCAUGUUUUGCUCUAUGAGACACCCACUGCUUCUGGUAGAUAUCUUUGUACCAAUGGUAUCUACCAGUUUUCUACUUUUGCUACUAUUGUCUCUCAAUUGUACCCUCACUUCCCCAUUCACAGGUUCCCAGCGGAAACACAACCUGGUCUGACACCGUGUAAAGAUGCAGCAAAGAGAUUAAUAGACUUAGGCUUUGUCUUCACACCAAUUGAAGAUGCUGUGAGAGAAGCAGCAGAGAGCCUUAUGGCUAAAGGCUUUCUGCAGCAAACACCCUUACAGUCACGAGAUUAGUAUUUACAUUUCAUUUAGUUUUUCUCUUUAGCCGAACUAAUCACUGAUUUAUUUCUUUCUUUGACACAAGGUAGAAGAAGUACAUAAGGAAUGUAAUUUAUCUUUGCCUUGUGACUGUGAAAAGAAUGUCACCUUCAUCAAGUAGAUUAGUUAAUCUUUUUUUUUUUUUUUUUUUUUGGUUAUAUUUAUUGCCUUCUUUUGGAAAGUAGCCUUCAUGAUCACUUCUGCUGUAUCAGUAUCAGUUGUCAAGUGGUCCUGGGGUAGCAUAGAACUGGUGUCACUGUAUAUGUUAAUUUUAUGAAUAACAGUUCGGAUUUGGAUCUUCUACUGAAAGUGUGUUAAGUGAAAAGUAAGUUUAUCUCGUUUUGAUUUGAAU